AUCGUACCUUUCUAAGGCUGAAACAGUUCAUAUGUAAAGUGCGUGCGAUUCAUUUUUUUAGUGUCUUCUACAGAAACACACUUUUCAGUGGGUUUCAUUUUCACAUUGAUAUGUCGCCAAAAAGGAAUGUGCCGAAAACAGGUUCUUCAGAAGGAAAAGUAGCAGCAUCAAGUUCAAAAAACGCUAACAAUGAAGAUGUAGGCUCUUCGAACGUACUUGACGAGGCACUUCAAGAUCAAUUUGAGUUAGAAUUAUGUUGGUGUAUUCAACAGCUAGAAUCUGGAUUACACAAGGUCAAACUUCAGGAAAAACAGAAGCAAAAUGUUAACAAAUAUGUGCAUGCAUUAAAGAGCAACAAAGUACCACCAAUUAAAAAGAGACAAAUUAUGAGAGCUACUUUUGGAGAUUAUAGAGCAAAAAUGGCAGAAGAAGAGAAGAGGCUAUCAACGAAUGCAUCAAUUGUGAAGUUUUCAAAACCUGCCAAACAAAAUAAGGAAUCUUUAUUUUUACGAAAGGCUGUGAUACAUGAAUCUACCCCAGCAGAAGUUAAAACUAUGUUUAAUACACCCAGUUUAGGGUCUUCAUUUAAAUUUAAUUUUCAGCCACCUGUUUUGUAAAUUUAAUCAGCCAUUUAUAAUUAUAAGACUUUAUGUAUAUUUUCCAUACCCAUAUUAUACACUUCAUGCAAUGACAUCUAAUAAUAACAUAGCGAUACAACCUUUAACAGA